CCCUACAUGUUAUUAUGAUUACAAAAAUAAAUACACUUGUUAUAAGUCAUCCGUAUCAGCAGCUACUAGUUUGAUCAUUUCGGAAUUUAUUAACUUGUAUAACAUUUUUAUAUCAAUGUGGAGUAAGAGUGGAAAUAUUAAUAUAAAUACAAACUAACCAACGUACGUACUUGUUGCACACAUCUACAUUUGUUUGUACAUAAAUAUUUAUGUGUAAUACCACAUUAUACAGAAUAUUUUGUUAAUCAAUAACGCAACAAUAUCAGUAAAAUGAACUUUUAUAAAUUUGAUUAUAACCGCACUGAAUGGGAGAUACCUGAUAUUUAUCAAAAAGCCCAACCAGUUGGGUCCGGUGCAUAUGGGCAGGUGAUUAAAGCUCUUGUUGAUGGUACAGAUAUGAAUGUAGCUAUUAAAAGACUGACGCGUCCUUUUCAAUCGGCUGUGCACGCUAAGCGUACUUAUCGCGAGAUACGUUUAUUGAAGCAUAUGGAUCACGACAAUGUCAUUGGGUUACUCGACGUGUUCCAUCCCCAUGAUAAAGAUGUAACACUCAAAUCAUUUGAACAAGUCUACUUAGUAACACAAUUUUUGGAUGCCGAUUUAAAUAAUAUUAUCAGAACUCAACGACUUUCAGAUGAUCAUGUGCAAUUUUUGGUAUAUCAAAUACUUCGAGGUCUUAAAUAUAUUCACAGUGCAGGCAUAAUCCAUCGCGAUCUGAAGCCGUCCAAUAUUGCAGUUAAUGAGGAUUGUGAAUUACGUAUUUUAGAUUUUGGACUAGCUCGUCCAACAGAAAGUGAAAUGACCGGUUAUGUAGCCACAAGAUGGUAUCGUGCUCCAGAAAUUAUGCUAAAUUGGAUGCAUUAUAACCAAACCGUCGACAUUUGGUCCGUUGGUUGUAUAAUGGCAGAAUUACUUACAGGACGCACUCUUUUUCCAGGAACUGAUCAUAUAAAUCAAUUGAAUCUUAUUAUGGAAAUAUUGGGUACACCACCUGAUGACUUUAUGAAGAAAAUAUCAUCAGAAAGUGCGCGUAAUUACAUAAAAUCGCUACCACCGAUGAAACGACGCAACUUUAAAGAAGUAUUUAAAGGUGCUAAUCCACUUGCUAUUGAUUUGCUGGAGAAAAUGUUGGAACUCGAUUCAGAAAAACGUAUUACAGCAGAGCAAGCACUAGCGCAUCCUUAUAUGGGAAAUUAUUCGGAACCAAGCGACGAACAAACUUCACCCCUAUACGACCAAAGCUUUGAAGACAUGGAUUUGCCAGUUGAAAAAUGGAAAGAGUUAGUCUUCAAUGAGGUGAAAAAUUUUAAACGGCCUGCAUCGUUCACAAAAAUGUUAGAUGAAAUCAAGAAAACAUAGAAGCGAGAAUGUACAUUUUGUAUGUAUGCUCAAAUGGUAUUAAAUGCUAAAAAUACUG